AUGGGAGGAGACAAACUGAUAUUUAAUUUCUCUCAAUUCUUUUCCUUUUAAAGGCCUGAUACAGAAACCAGCCAAAGUCCUCAAUUCAGCUUUGAAUCCUUACCCCAGAAGAUUUGUCUAAUCUGUGGUGAUGAGGCAUCUGGUUGCCACUACGGAGUACUUACCUGUGGAAGCUGUAAAGUCUUCUUUAAAAGGGCAAUGGAAGGGCAGCAUAACUAUUUAUGUGCUGGAAGAAAUGACUGUAUAGUUGAUAAAAUUCGUAGGAAGAACUGUCCAGCAUGUCGCUUGAGGAAGUGCUGUCAAGCUGGUAUGGUCCUGGGAGGUCGAAAAUUUAAAAAGUUUAACAAGAUUAAGGUGAUGAGAACAUUAGAUGUUGCACUCCAGCAGCCAGCAGCCCUUCCAGAUGAAAACCAAUCUCUAACCCAGAGGCUGUCUUUUUCUCCAAAUCAAGAAAUACAGUUUGUUCCCCCAAUGAUAAGUGUUUUACGAGGUAUUGAGCCAGAAGUUGUCUAUGCUGGUUAUGACAAUACAAAGCCUGAAACACCAAGUUCCUUGCUGACCAGUCUAAAUCAUCUUUGUGAGAGGCAACUUCUUUGUGUAGUCAAGUGGUCUAAAUUGUUACCAGGCUUUCGAAAUUUACAUAUUGAUGAUCAGAUAACCCUCAUCCAGUAUUCCUGGAUGAGUCUAAUGGUUUUUGCAAUGGGAUGGAGAUCAUACAAACAUGUCAGUGGUCAGAUGUUAUAUUUUGCACCAGAUUUGAUACUAAAUGAACAGAGGAUGAAAGAAUCAUCGUUCUAUUCACUAUGUCUAUCCAUGUGGCAGCUCCCACAGGAAUUUGUCAGACUUCAAGUUAGCCAAGAAGAGUUCCUAUGUAUGAAAGCACUUUUACUUCUCAAUACAAUUCCUUUGGAAGGUCUAAGAAGUCAAAGUCAAUUUGAUGAGAUGAGAACGAGCUACAUUAGAGAACUGGUGAAAGCAAUUGGUUUGCGCCAGAAAGGUGUUGUGGCCAACUCGCAACGUUUUUAUCAACUUACAAAACUGAUGGAUUCCAUGCACGAUCUAGUGAAACAGCUCCAUCUCUUCUGUCUGAACACAUUUCUCCAGUCCCGUGCACUAAGUGUUGAAUUUCCCGAGAUGAUGUCAGAGGUGAUUGCUGCCCAGCUACCCAAGAUUCUGGCAGGGAUGGUGAAACCUCUUCUCUUUCACAAAAAGUGAAAUGUCUUUUCUCUUAUCAUAGAGAUGAUUUCUAGGUCAUUUUUUGUUUGUUUAUUUUGGUCAAGAUUUUGCAACUUCAGUAUAUUUGUCAUACUUACCCUACCUAUUGCUUUAAACUUGUAACAUACACAAGCCAUGUAAGUUUGAUGUACAUAUUGUGAGUUUCUGAUUCCUUUUACUGCAAAAAUCACAACAGUUGUAGGAAAUGUUUUAUAAACUUGGCUAGGUUGCUCUUUAGAUAUGCAUAUGAAUGAUAAUGAAAAGAGUUUUCAGAUUUCUAAGAACAGCUAUCUUAUACGUUUUUCUUACAUAUUAUACAUUUUCAAAUUUCUUAUAGGACAUGAUGUAAACUUUUUACUUUAAUACAUUAUGUGCUUGAGUACCUGUGGGCAUGUGUGUAAUACUAAAGUUUUUGAAGGAAUUAAAAUAUAUAUUGCCCACACUUUCUCAUGGAUAUUUCACUCUUUACUUACUAAUCUGCCUCACAGAAAUAUCCUUUCAAAAUAGCUGUCCAGAUUUAAGUAGAUGUCACUGCAGUAUCUUCAAGAGUAAGUAAAGUGCAUUCUUGUCUGUGCUUAUACUGCAUUGAAAUUCUGAGUUCAGUGUGCUGUUUUCUGCACCAUUCAGCGCAAUUUUCCUUCAAAAAUUGGAAAGCUUAUGAAAAUGUCCACAUAUGUUAUGCCAGAAAUAAUGUGUAUGCAAACCCAUUAGGCUUUCGUUUUUGUUUAUUUUCCUUAAAAGUCUGGCAUUUGCUAAAGCUAAAUCACUUAGCUAUAAUCCUAAAUUUGUCAACUUUAAAAUUCUGCAUUUCAGAAGCUUUAAAUAGAAAUGUUUUCAGAGAGUAUAAUUCUUAAUAAUCUUAAUGUUUUGAAUCUUAAUGUUGAAUAAUAAAACAACCAUUAACAUCAAAUUAUAGAGAGAUUAAAUACAAAAAGAAAUGGAAAAUAUGACUACAAAGUUUUUGAUAACACAUUAGGCUCAUUUUAUUACCAUUUUGUGGAGGUAAAUGUUUUAUGCUAUAAAGGCAUCCUGCUAUAAUUUGGGUAACUGUAAGAGAGGAACUGAACUAAAUUAGCUUUAUAUGUUCACGGAGAAUGUCAUAUUUUACCAUGGAAAUGAAAUAUUUGACUGAAAAAUGACCUUAGGGGUGAGUAUAAAAUAACUCAUAUAUUUGAGGCACUAAACUGUAGAUGUAUUCAAACAAAAGAGAAGUGGAUACAGGCCGAAAAGAAUUUAUAAGGCUAUUACAAUAUGAGACAUUUUUACCAGUCACUAGAAACGGUAUCAAACUUCUCUAGCAAUAUAGGAGAUAGGAUAGAUACUGAGGUACUUGCUGGCCACACUUUAUGGCUCUGUCCCCGUUACAUAUUGGAUACAUCCAUCAUGUCAGUCACAUGUAACUUGAUGUGUAUAGAUACGUCCUUGUCAUAUGAGCAAAGUAGAACUGCAGACCCAUUGGACAGAAGUCCAGUAUUCCUGAUUAAAUCAGGGUGAAUCCUCGUUAAAAGCAUAAAUGAUUUUAUUUGUUCGUAAAGAUUAUGUUCUGAUUUUUUAAAGAAAAAAUUCUAAGAACUACCAUCUAAAAGGCAGAUCUAAAGAUAUCUUUGUUAUUUAUCAUUUCCUAAAGCCAUUCAGGAAAAACAUUUCAGAGACUUUCACAUAGUAGUACAAAACCCACUAGAGCUGAGGAAAAGAAAUGUCCCUAGAUAAAAUGGCAUAACCAGACUUCCCUUUUAGUUGACUAGGUUCAUAAUUUUUAACUGCCAAGAGACAAGCAAUUUUUUUCAUACUCAGUACAGUCUGACUUUUAACUUUGAUCUUUAAAGCAGUUAUGUUUUAAUAAAUAACAUAACAUUCUUUAUUUCAGAAUAAUGAGGCUUUAGUUUCUUCAUUUUUGUUUGGCUUUGCGUUCAGUAAUUGUGGAGCUCGGUUAUAAAAAGUUUUUCAUGUCAACCAUCCAGCUUUUGUAUAACAAAAAUAUUUUCAUGAAUUCUCUAAUAAGUAAGUUAAACAUUGCCAUACGAUUUACCAUUCAAUAAACAGACAUUACUGUUUACAUUAACCUGUUAACAGAAACUUCCCACACUAAAAAUUACUCCUCGACAUCCUAAUUCUGAGAUUAGAAAAUGGAGCAGUCAGUAUGCUUGCCUUAAGAGUACUGUAGGUCAGCCUACUUCUGCCUUUUACUCAAUUCCUAAAAUUUAUUCAAAGUCUCUGCCAUGUCACUGUGUCCCAUAAAUAUGGCAGCUUACUCUGAAAUGCACUAUAUUUGUCUCAAAGGCAUCAUCCAGAAGAAAGAUCAGAUGUCUUUUGGGAAUAAAUAGCAAAGGUUAAAAAUAUUUCCAAAUUCUAUUUCUUGAAGAUCUCUUGUCUCUCAGAAAAAAUUCCCAGAGCAUCAUGAUCACGAUAAAUCAUGCAGUGUGCAAGAAUGUCAGGAGUGGCUGCUAUAUCAUUUGAAAAUCCUGUAUUCAUUAUUAAGUUGUCUAAAGUUAGACAAAACUGUACUAAUUUAAGAUCUUCCAGCUUUGAGCCCAGUUUGUAAAACUGCUUUUAGUCUCUAAUUUACCACCAUCAUUUGCUACAAACUACACUGCUACCAUUAACAGUACUCAAAACACAAGUUUCUUUUUCCUCUCCUGCAGAAAUCUCAUGUACUGUGACUUUGCAACACUGCAGCCAUGUCCAGAGAACUAUCAGCAAACUACUUUUCUCUAGGAGUGUUGUUAGAGUGUAAGAGGCUUUUCAGUUUCUGUAUUUCUCUGCAUUUAUAUUUGUUUCAAGAUGAAGGUAUUUUUUAACCUGAGGUUUACAAAUAGGUCUAAAUAAACAACUUCUAAUGCUUUUUUAUAUAUUGAGCUAGGUAUAAAAAAGGCUGCAUCUUCUGCUGUUGCCUUUUGCAUACUAGUAGUAAGAGGUUUCGGUGGACAAAAAAAGUUUUUGCUGUGUGGUGUUUAUGAUGUGCCUGAUUACGUUUUAAAAGUAUUAGACCUGCAGACUGCAGACAUAAUUUCAUUUUUUCUGACAGGACACUAAAAGUUAUUAAUUCUUACACUAACUUAUGCAAGCUCUGCCUGAAGCUAAGCCUCUCAUAUUCUGUACAAUUCAUACAUAUUUGACCCAAGGUCUUCAGUAUUGCCUUCUGCUAAUAUUUAAGUGAAACAAACAAACAAAAGCACAAAGUCUUCAACUGCUUUCUUUGGUCUCUACUGUCAUUAUUCAACUUUUAGAGGCAUAACAUGUUCAAAAGUAUUUAUAGUUUUUAAAGAUUGUUUUGAAAGUUAAACUGCUUGGCUGGAGCAGCCCCAGCUGUGUUUGGAAUUGGGAAACCGUAACAAUGCAGGACAGAGAAUGAGAAAGUUCCAGCACCAGCAGGUUGGCCAACCCCUUCACGCGUGGCCUGGCGUUGCUUGACUGUCAUACCUGCUGUGGGCAAAGAAACUCAACAGGUCAAACACAUAACUCACAUUUUCAAAGAUCUCAGCUGGAUCCACAUUUUUGACAGUCUUUUGGGGAGGACGGUUGUUGGUAGUUAACAGCUGUUCCAUGACAUAGGGAAAUGUAGUCUGGGAAUCUUUCAGUUGAUUUCAUGGGGUUUUGGAACAGUCUUGUUACAUGUUGUAUAAUAAAGAUUAGAUAUUAGAUAUUUUUGGCCGCCAGCUGUUCCUUCAGCUGCACUGCAGUUUUAUUUUCUAGUGUUAUAUCUAAAAGAGAAAAGUGAAUAUUCAGUUUGCAUUUUCUGACCAGUCAAUGCCUUCGCAGUGCUUUAGUUCUCUCUUGCAUUUUUUAAGCUAUGGAAAUGUCUUUCUCAAAGGUUAUAUAAUGCAGUUGAACAAGGAAGCUAACAGAAAGGUGAGAAAGAGAUUUUUUACUUCCCCAAAAUAGAAUGGAAGAGCAAGUGUCAAGCCUGCAGGCAUUAGGACAAAUCGUAGUAAUUAAACUUCAGGGUUUUUUAAAGUUAGACCUAAUCUAAAAACUUUCUGUGUUUUCGUAGAACAUCUGCCAAUAAUUUGGUUUUAUUGGGAAGCUCAGCUGCUUUAUUGCAUUCUUAUCUAAAGCCAAAUCUUUAUUCCUGUUAUCAGUAGCAUAAACCGUAAUAUCUAUAGUGAUCCUUUCCUCCCAUCCUCUCCUACCUGCACAAAAAUAAGGUUUGCUUAUCGCUUGAACAGGAGAGCAGUGGGCCGUGCUCCCUCCUUUCAGCUCUGCAGCUCCAAAUAAGCAUUUGUUGUCUCACAUGCCAUUGAUGGCAGGCUGACCUUUCUUUCCUUCAGAUAAAUCAGCUUGCAGCCACAGAGCCAGUAUCCAAAGCCUUCCCAACUUUCCAUGGCUCAAAAGCCUUUGUAUAUACUGCCAGGCUAGAUUGUCAGCAUUGCUAGAUUUACUGUUUUAUGCUGCUCUGUGUCAUGAUGACCUGACUGUUGAACAGCGGGUUUGUUUUUAAUUUAAUUCUCUUUUCCCCCUUAGAAGAUAAAAAGAAAAAGAAGUCUUUUUUAGAUUUUUUUACUUUAAAAUUUAUGAGAUUUUUUUCAGAUAAAUGUGCUAUUAAUUUAUUAUAUUGAAGCUAUUUGUAUACAGAAUGAUAGUAUAGACUUUCAGAUGCUUGAGCAGAAGCACAUAAGUAAAAGAUUACUGCAUGGCUAAUGAUAACUGAGUUAAAAUUGUAGCUGUUUGUUUGUUUGUGGAAAAUAGUCCUCAGAAGGUAGGGUUUUUUUUUACCAUCACUCUGGCAUUUUCUUUCCUGGAUCAUUCCUACAGUACUGUGUUCAAGGUUUAAAGAAUACCAAAGAGUGGUGAACUUUCAUUUAGUUAUAGUUCAUCAUUUAAAAUUGGUAACAUUCCAGUUUCUUGCUGGUGUGAGCUGUGCUCAUUAUAAAAAUAACAUCAUAAGUCUUUUAGCCAUAGAUCAUGUUUUUCUGGGAAAGAAAACUAAAUUACCCUUUCACUUCUACAGGUACAAUGGUUCUACCAAUUUAGCAUUCAAGCAUAUCAGUGAGGAAGUUCUCACAAUGUCAUUUAAAUAGUCUCACUCUAUUGCGUUUUCCCACAGCUCAAUUUAAAUAUCCACCCAACCAGUUUAGUACUAAAAUCUCUUUUUGCUAUACUCAGGAAAAAGAAAAAUUUCCAGGAAUCCAGAACUCCCCAUCAGUGAACUCCACAGCAGUGUACUUUCAAACAAGAUGCAAGAUAAAAAACAUCUAGGGACACAAUAAAUAUUUUUGCAUCAGCUCUGAAAUAACUUGGCAGACCAAGUAGUACAGAGGCCUUUAUGUUAUGCACUUUUAUGGACAGUACCAUAAGUUAAUCAUUGCAUAUUACAGGUACAUUUUUCCACACAUGCCUAUUUUUCAUACACUAGAUAAAAAUGCAGUAAUACUUUUACACUUUAUAUCCUAUAUGGUUUCAUGUCCAGUCUGAGACUCUAAUCUGCAAUAUCAUCCAGUUGAGAGCAAUGUGCUCAUCAUAGCUCACUUCCAAAAAUUUGAUUUAUUCAGGCAGGUCCAUUGUGGCUCUUUGAAAUUUGAUUGAAUAAGCAAAGCACCAAAUGAGCAUGUACAUGGCAGCAUACGUUCAGAAAGUGUGUAAAUGCUUUUACUUAGAAUACUGCACUCAUAGGAAAAAACAACUAAAAUUCAUAGGCUGCAGUACUGUUAUCAACACAGGUUUAAAAGGAAAUUUGUUUCAAAGGGUAUACAAUUCUAUUGUAUACUAAAAACUGCCUAAGACUGAUUGUGCACUAAAAUUUAAUAGGAUCUCUAAUCCCUUUUCAAAAAAAGAAAACUGCAAGGAACUGGGUUUUCUAAGUCUUACAUGAUCUUUGAAAACCAUAAAUCUAAAUUUUAUAAAUUGCCCCAAAUAGACAUAUCUAUUUAAAAGGCAGUUGAUUGCAGCUGAUACCAGGCAUAUCUAAAUGUAACAUUAAAGCCGUCAUUAUGAAUAGUAGUGUUUCAUGCAUACUUUUUCUGACAGUUAAAGAACACUGAGCAUGUAUAGUUGAAAUAUUUAUUUUAAUAUCACACAUAUGCAGGCACUCGUGUAGAAACCCGCACACACGCACACACACACGCACACAUGCACACACAAACAGAUGUAGUUAUAAUAGCAUCCCUGUAUACACUCAAACAGUUUUAUGAGGUAAUGGUUUUUUUGAGGAAGACCCCAAUACUAGUCCAUGCAUCUUAUCCUUUGUAGAAAUAAAUACAUAUUACAAACCUCUAUUUUUCAUAAUUUUAUUUGUACAUUAUAAUGAAUGAAAUGCACUUUCCCUGGAAAUAAUUCUCAUGUACAGCUCAGAGGAAGUUAGGAUUAUGACUUAAGCUUUCAGUAAAGGAAAUGAAAUUUUGGAGAUUAGUGGAUGGUAGUCCAUUACAAGUAUGUACCGUCCUUUUGUUAGACGUAUUGGGAGAUGUCAUAUCUGCAGUGUGGCACCAGACCUUCAGAACAGUGACAAAGACCACUCAGUAGAGGAAAGAGUAUGCUCCAUACCAUUUUCCCAGAUCCUAGCAACAUUUGCAAUAAUAAAAUAUGGAAUUACUUUGCUGUUGAACAUAAAUAUAUUCUUUUAUAGGCAAGGUACAGCACACUUGCUUAAAUUACAUGCUACUAAAUAAAAGAAAUGUGACAGCAGAAACUGUUAAAAUAUUUUUUUUUCAAUCAUUUACCAUUGCCUGAAAUGCCCAGGUCAUCGGGCUAUGGAGGCACCAGUCCACUUCUGUUCUAUCACAAUGGCAGUAUGCACAAUGUGUGGUAAUAUAAUCUUUUGGGACUAUCAUCAUUGCACACCAUGGGUUAGCCAAGGGAUUUCUAAGAAUUGAAAGGCUUUACAGUUAAAAAUGUAAUUGGAAGUUUUGUAUCUCAAAGCUCACAAUUCAAUAUAGUCAUACUGCUUGCAGUCCAAUUCACUUCUUAUGCUAAUUUUACACAAAAGCAUUGUCAUUGGAUUUAUUGAUACCUGCAAUUUAUAGUGAUGGUUACAUAGAACUUAAAUUUUACUUGGAGAUAGGAACUCAUACCCUUUCUCAGGCUUAGUAAUACAGGUCACGUGUCUAUCUGGCUAAUUACGAAGUUGUAUAAGCAAAGUAUAAGCAAAAUACCUGAUAUUAAAAAAAAGUUGAAAAUAUUAUUUUAGGAAGAGUUUGCAUUCAAAGCAAAAUUACAUUCUAGAGAAAAAUCACAAUCUAGAGGUUUAAAAAAAACACACGAGGAACUCCUGCAAUGGAGAAUUUCUUUCAUGUUCGGAAUAUCAAAAAAAUUCUGUGUCUCAAUUCCCGUAUUUGAAAAAUGCCCUCCGUCCCCCCCCACUUACUUUCUUUCACAUGGAUUACUUGGGUGUGUAAUGCUUUAGCACUUGGUAAAGGCUUUUUGAUUCUGGAUGGAAAAUUCUGUAGAAAGCCAAAUAUUAAUAUUUACCUUUGAGACAUAUUUGGACUGAUGUUAGUAUUGCUCUGUAUUUAACAAUCAAUCAGGAGUGUGAUGGACAUAAUUUACAGUCUAUUGCUGUUAUUUUUAUAAAAAAUAAAAAAUAAAAUGAGGCUUGUAUAAGAUUUCUGUAUUUUCCAGUGAAGAGGAACUCACAUCUAUAUAUUUGUAAGUCUGAAAUAGCUUUCAAGUAUUUUUGUAAAGGUGUUGUCUAGCUACAUUGUGUUAUGUCCAAUAAAUUGGAGAUGUGCUUACUUUGCAGUAGUAUGAGAAGUGUGUAAAUC